UUUGUUUUCUCAUCGUAAAAUCUAUGAGAGGUAUUCAUUCUAAAAUCAACAUCUCCAUCUCGGAUGUUUGAGUGAUCACUACACUUAUGGAUAUGAUUUGCAAACACUGAAUUUUUCAAUCUUUUAUAUUGCAGUUUAGCAGUAUUUUGUUAUCACUGAAAUUCGCAAAUACAACAAGAAGAUGGAUUUGACAAUAUGUUUCAUUAUUUUAGUAUCAUCAGUUAAUAUUAUGGCGUUCCCACCAGAAAAUGCUAAACAGGUUAAUCAGCUCAUUGGUGAAAUCGUGGCAAUUGUGGAAAGUAAAAUAUCAGCUUCCGAAAAGCAGCUUUUGGACAAUGGAAAUAAAGGUGACUCAACAGAUACAAUUUUGAGGAUAAAGGACAUGGGCUUCGAUGCCUUUAGUAAGAUUUAUGAGAAAAUAGCAAACUUAUGGCGGCUAGGAGCUACACUAAAAGAUGUCGAUAAAAUAUUACAAGGAAUUGAAAGCUCCAAUGUACUGAACUCUGCCAAGGUUCUUGCGAGUGAAAUUAGUGACCGAUCCGUUGGGCCUGACGAAAAUGAUGAUAAGGAAUCUACAUUCUCGAAGGCGUUAAAAAAAUCAGCUAUUAAACUGGUUAGAUUCAUAUUGGCUUACAAUAACAGUCUUAAAUCUAAUAAAUAAACCAAUGAAAACUAAACAUGUUUAUAUACUGAAAAAGUGUAAUAAUGUACACUAGUAGUCAAUAAAACUUGAAAUUCAUAAACCGUUAAA